ACGAGGCACAUUCAGCAACUGUCUAGCAUAGCGUGAAGCCCCGCCCCGCAACAGUCGUUUGUGAGCACUGAACAGGUACUCUGCGCCGGGCUCAAACCAACCACAGCACCAAAAGAGAAAGAAAAAGAAAAAAAAAAGGAGAAAAAAAGAAAGAGAAAAAGACAGAACAGAGGAAAUGGAAAGAUCCGCUCGCGGCAAAGCCUAUCAGGGACAUGGGUUUGCUGCUAAACUCCGCUCCAUAGCGCGGCCCGGCGAAAGUAGGAACGGCAUUAGGCGCUCUCUCCGUGUGAAUACCGGACUUUCGCCGUGGGCGACCGCGGGCCCUAUGCGCGUUCCUCGCGACUGGCGUGCGCGGCUGCAUAGGAUGGGGCCGCUCGGUCAUUCGUGGUGUGCGGGGGUGGGGGUCUGGCACUGGAAACGAGCCACCCGGCUCGGCCCGGGGCCGUUUAGUUUUCCUGUGAAAAGAGAAGAACGGCGAGCGAAAACCGAAUUUUUUGCCGAUGUUGAAAUGACACAAAAGCAGCUUUCAAUAUCAUGCUGUUUACAGCCUUUUAGCCCCGGCCAGCUGCUGACUAAGGGGCCAAUGUUUUUCUGGCUAGGGGCCCUGCUGCAUACAUCGCCCCAACCAGAUCCGCAUCCACCGGCCCGGCUGCCCCACACCCGGGAACUUGCGGGCGUGCGUGGCAGCGCACCCAUCUGCACUCCGCACGCGAAAGCAAUCCCCGGGGCCACCUAUAGAAAGUCUGGGGUAAGUCCUUUUUCUGGCGGUUUCUAGGAAUAUUUCCAUCUCCGAAAAAAGAACCACCUUUCCCAAUUGAACCAAAAAAGCAUCUUUCACACAUUCACCCAAAUCCAUUCUCAUCACACAGCCAUAUCUAACAAUGUCGCAAUCCGUCUCCGAGCAAAUGAAGGUGGAAACCGAUAUCAUCACCUUGACCCGCUUCAUUCUUGAAGAACAGCAGAAAUACGCUCAGGGGGCCACCG